UUCGAACGUUCGUAAACUCCUCCCUCCCACCGCGUAUACCAUCAUCCCUCUCCCCUACCCUCACAACAACACAAACACAUUCUCUUCCUGAUACAAUGAGCUACGGUGGCUACAGCAAUGGGUGGUGGCUUCGGCGGCGGUGACCGAAUGAGCAAUCUCGGCGCUGGUCUUGGCAAGGUCGACUGGGCCUCCGCAAACCUCACACGCUUCGAGAAGAACUUUUACAUCGAGGACCGCCGGGUCACUGAGCGCAGCGAUCGAGAGGUUCAGGACUUCCGUGCCAAGAAGCAGAUGACGAUUCAGGGUACCAACGUACCCAAGCCAGUCAUGAACUUUGACGAAGCUGGCUACCCCGACUACAUCAUGACCGAGAUCAAGCGCAUGGGCUUCACUGAGCCUUCUGCUAUCCAGUCACAGGCCUGGCCGGUAGCCCUCAGCGGUCGUGACGUCGUCGCCAUUGCCGAAACCGGAUCCGGAAAGACCAUUGGUUUCGCUCUCCCUGCCAUGGUCCACAUCAACGCACAGCCUCUCCUCGCACCUGGUGACGGCCCCAUUGCUCUCAUGCUCGCCCCCACCCGUGAGCUCGCUGUUCAGAUUCAGGCUGAGUGCAGUCGCUUCGGAGCAUCCAGUCGUCUUCGCAACGUUGCCGUCUACGGUGGUGUGCCCAAGGGACCCCAGAUCCGUGACCUCUCGCGAGGCGCUGAAAUUGUCAUUGCUACCCCCGGCCGUCUCAUUGACAUGAUCGAGAGCGGCAAGACCAACCUGAGGCGAGUCACUUACCUCGUCAUGGACGAGGCCGACCGAAUGCUGGACAUGGGUUUCGAGCCUCAGAUCCGCAAGAUUCUUUCUCAGAUCCGACCCGACAAGCAGACUCUCAUGUUCUCCGCCACUUGGCCCAAGGAGGUGCAGCGUCUCGCUCACGACUUCCUCAACGACUUCGUCCAGGUUAACAUCGGAUCAACUGACCUCGCCGCUAACCACAGGAUCAAGCAGGUGAUUGAGGUCUGCACAGACUUUGAGAAGCGUGGUCGACUGAUCAAGCAUCUCGACACUAUCUCGCAAGAGAAUGCCAAGGUACUCAUCUUCAGCAACACAAAGCGAAUCGCAGAUGAUCUAACAAAGUACCUUCGACAGGACGGCUGGCCCGCCCUUGCCAUUCACGGAGACAAGCAGCAACAGGAGCGUGAUUGGGUCUUGGCCGAGUUCAAGAGUGGCAGGAGCCCCAUCAUGGUGGCGACAGCAGUCGCAUCGCGUGGUCUAGGUACGUACUUUUCGAGAUAUUGUGGUUGUGUGGAGAGGGUUCUCGAUUUCUGCUGUUCAGGGGCGGGCUCGUGACCCCUUCCUCUGCUUCCAUAAAGGUGGUCAAGGGAGCGAUUCAGGGCAGAUGCAGUGCUUGAGAGUUCAUUGGUAGCUUUCUAAAGGCUUCUCUGGCCAUUGAGCUUCCUCAAGGUAGCCGGUCAGACGUCGUUCGACCGAAAUGGCCCUCUCUCAAGGAGUCAGUGCAAGCGUCGAGACAGAUGCAG